UAUUUAUAGUCCAGUAGGUGAUCAGUGUACGGCGAUCCGAAAUGAGACCGAUGCUGCUAACCACAAUAGAAACAAGAGUGUUCUUUCUCUCUCAGUCCAUGAUAACGAUGGUUAGUUAAUCGUACUCGAAAUUCAGUCCAUAUUCGCGAGAACACCCAGCUGUUCUGUGGCGUAGGUCUAGCAUAAUGAUCACAUCUCUCAUUCAAAGGUGAUCAAAGGUUUUACUAUCAGAUGCUUGGUACGUUUAACUAAAAAUAACACGUACGUCUCAACGAACGCGAUGAAUUAUCAAUCAGUCUGGCUUGUGCCUCAUCUUGAAGAUGACAGCGUACAUUUGUGUGUUUAUAAGUGUUUUAAUUUUAGUUACAACACUGCAUUACUCUGACGCUUACUGGCGUAACGAUCUCAAACAUGAAGCUAUUAAAGGAUUAAAACAAGAAAACAUUUUAAAACGACAUAAGAGGCAUGAAGUUUCUCAUGCAACUGCAGACGACAAAGAAGGAUUGCAGCUGGAGUUUCCACAUAUAGUUCCUGUAGCACUUGGUGCUGGAGGACGUGGUUGCCUAGUGGUAUUGCUGUCUGAAAAUUUUGUCGUUGGAUCAGCGCACUGUCUACACUCCAGCACUUCUGUAUCAGUCCAUGGAGAAUUCGUUAAUGUCUCAAAAAUUAUUAUUCACCCUAUGUACAACGCACGUAAAAAAAAUUAUGAUAUUGGAUUAUUGAAGCUCGCGGCAAACGUGAAUAUACAAUCAACUGUUGUACCGGCCUGUCUAUGGUUGGAUGAUAAUAUAAACAUUGCCAAUGUUAAAUUGAUUGGAACAAAUGAAUUUUUUGACACAAAAUCUAUAGUGCAGACCACGAGGAUCACACUAAAAAAUGCCGAAAAAUGUCAACCAUACCUCAAUUAUAUCUCGGUACUCACUGGAUUCUCACUUACAGUACAUCAGAUGUGUGUCUUUUACGAAUUCGAAGAACACUGGCGGUGGAAAGGUGGACUAGUUUAUGUGGAUUUAAUUUAUGAUAACCACAUUGUUCCAUUUGUUAUUGGAAGUGCCUCGUUUGCUCCGAUUAAUGGUUUACAUAGACUACAUGGAUUUAGCAAACUGUCCAAAUUUGUUGACUGGAUAUCCAAAAUCAUGCGCGAGGAAGGGGCAGAUGUAUCGUUUGAGCCGUUGAUUUGUGCCAAGCGCCAUUUAGAAUAUCGACGUCAAAAUAACAACACAAAAUUAUUCGAGCCAAACAUCGCUGUUGACACCACGGUAUCCAUUCACAGCCACCCCGAUGCGCCUCACACAAAGAUUUGUGCAGGAGUAUUGAUAAGAAAAGAUGCCGUGAUCACAUUGGCACAGUGUGCGAGCAAUUUAAUGUCUUAUACUUCCAGAGUAGUUUUAGCCGAUGGGUCAUUCAUUGCGAUCCGAGAUAUCAUUAUUCAUCCCGACUACUCGGACGAUUCUCUCUACAGUAAUAUAGCCAUUUUAAAACUUGUCUCGGAAGCAUCUGUUACUCCUAUCGAAAUAGCACCAUAUUAUUCAAAACAUGAUAAAAUAACAUUGUACGCUAGUGUGAUCAAUGGCGACCAAUCAAAAAAUAACAAGUUCUUUGCCGUCCAUGGACUUAACGUGCGGUUCAGUUACGAAUGCAACCCGUCGGAAGAGCAUCAUUCUCGACUUUUGAAAGGAUUGCAUCCUGAACAUAUGUGUCUACAGAAUAAUCAUACGCUUGUUCCGGGUAGCUGCGAGGCACACCCAGGUUCAGCUGUAUUUUGGUAUCAUAAUGAUAAAAAAUACUUGCUGGGGUUGUACAUGCAUGGGGAAAACUGUGGCUUCGGAGAUCAAGCGCUCGGUCUGUAUGUGUAUGCAUACAAUGCCUGGGUCCACUCAGUUCUAGAUACACCAUUGCAAAAAUCUCUGGGCUACGUUUUUCCAUUCUUAAAAACAUCGGACGAAUGUUCUUACCCAGAUGGUGCGACAGGUACUUGCGUAAGCCAUAUAAACUGUCCCAAUAUAUCGAAAAGAGCUGGAAAAAGUUUACCAAUAUUUUACUGCAGUAGCAGAGCAAUUGUGUGUUGUCCUAGACAUUUGGAAGCACAGAAGGAAGAGGAACAUGAAGGAAUAGCGUUUGCUUUCUACCGUACUGUAUAAAAAUGUCAUCGAUGUACAUAUAUUUUUUUUUGUACAACGUAUUAUUUGAGUGUGGCGUAAUGAAGUUUCUAGAGUCUAGACGAAUUUAACGACAACACUGCACUUGAAGUGUGACAAAACAACAGAUGCACAGUCGUGAUUCGAGACAACGUCAAUCGGAUUGAUCAUUUCGUUUUCCAAAUACAGCUGGAACGUUGCUACCCAGCAAAUUUUGUCAUCCGACAUCAGUAAAGUUUUUUACUGAAACGGUUCAGUAAUAGAAUAUUUAACUGAUUUUGAGCAUAAAGGUAAUGUUUUUACUGAUUUUGUUUUCAGUGAAAUAAUUUGCUGGAUGCAUUUCAGUAAUACGCAUUUUACUGAUAAUCAGCAAAAUAAGCGUCAAAUCAGUCAAUCAGAAAAUGCAGAAAAUCAUUCUGUCAAAUAGACCUGUUAGUCAGAACAUCCACACAAAUCCAUGCGGUGCUCGCUUGCUUGUGAUGUGAAAAAAAGUUGAUUUUGGUAGGCGCUUACAGACACCCUGGUGAAAUUUCAGAUGAAAUUUCGGCUUACGGGACUAAUUUCAAACAAUUGACAGUGUUGGUGUUGGUGUUGGUGUGUCAAAUAUUUGCUACAAUUAACAGUGCCUGAUGAAAUUUCGUUGAGUCUGUGAGCGCUUACUGAACUACCAUAACUUGUUGCGGCAAAAUACAGUUUAAAAACUGUAUUAUACAUCAUAAAACAUGGAUGAACAUAAAUUGAGAGACUGCCAAUCGCUGCGCAUCAAUAAAAUACUUAAUUUGGAAUAAAUAUUUCACUUUUCAAUAAUAAUAAACUUUUCAGUAAUAUGCUAAUGGCAUAACUAUGAUUUCUAUAAACAAGCUGUCAUUUUGGUGAGCACCCAAAAUUACUGAA